GUUAUAGCUGAAACUUUGAUUUUUUUAUUUUUUUUUUAUUAACGAGCAAAAAAUUAUGUUCAAGUUGUUCAAUUUAUUCGUAUUUUUAUUGAAUAAUCGUCUUUUGACUGAUAUAAAAUGGUAAAAAAUAAGAGCGCUCUUCAGACUUUUCCUUUAGUUGUUACCCGUAUUUUCAGAUUAUAAUUCUUGUUCGAUGCACACCCACAAUGGCCAUUCGACGCGCAUUGUUUCAAGUGAUCAUCCUGAGCUCGGCUCUGAUGUGUGUUCUGUACCAAAAGGUAGGUAUUGUUAUGAUGACUGAACAUGUAGCUAAAAAAAAAAAAUUCAUUUCCUAUUUUUAAAAAAUAAAUAAAAAUUCAAGCGCAUUGUGAGACGUAUACUAUCAAGUUAUUUUGUGUUCAUUAUUGUUUCAAGUGAUCAUCCUGAGCUCGGCUCUGAUGGGUGUUCUGUACCAAAAGGUAGGUAUUGUUAUUAUGACUGAACAUGUAGCUAAAAAAAAAAAAAAAAAAUUCAUUUCCUAUUUUUAAAAAAUAAAUAAAAAUUCAAGCGCAUUGUGAGACGUAUACUAUCAAGUUAUUUUGUGUUCAUGUUUUAUUAUUUGAGAUGUUCAAUUGUUAAGUUCAUCUAAAUUUAUUUAAUCAAUUUAAUGUUGUUGUUUUUUUUUAAAAUCAAAAUUUAAAAACAAAUUACACAUGCAUCGCCUUAAAGUUGAUUUGCUGGUUGAUAUGACCAACCUAAAAUGUCAAGAAAUCUCACCAUAGAAAUUAACCUUUUUGACAAGUUGGCCAGACGUUCACUUUUUGACAAGUUGGCCAGAUGUUCACUUUCUGAUAAGUUGGCCAGAUGUUCACUUUCUGAUAAGUUGGCCAGACGUUCACUUUCUGAUAAGUUGGCCAGAUGUUCACUUUCUGAUAAGUUGGCCAGAUGUUCACUUUCUGAUAAGUUGGCCAGACGUUCACUUUCUGAUAAGUUGGCCAGACGUUCACUUUCUGAUAAGUUGGCCAGAUGUUCACUUUCUGAUAAGUUGGCCAGACGUUCACUUUCUGAUAAGUUGGCCAGACGUUCACUUUCUGAUAAGUUGGCCAGACGUUCACUUUCUGAUAAGUUGGCCAGACGUUCACUUUCUGAUAAGUUGGCCAGAUGUUCACUUUCUGAUAAGUUGGCCAGAUGUUCACUUUCUGAUAAGUUGGCCAGAUGUUCACUUUCUGAUAAGUUGGCCAGACGUUCACUUUCUGAUAAGUUGGCCAGACGUUCACUUUCUGAUAAGUUGGCCAGAUGUUCACUUUCUGAUAAGUUGGCCAGAUAUUCACUUUCUGAUAAGUUGGCCAGACGUUCACUUUCUGAUAGGGUAGCCAGACUUUUACUUUCUGAUUAAUGGCCAGACUUUCACUCUGAAUGUGAUAAUUGUAUUUAUCGAAAAUAUCAUAACAAGUCUGAUUCUUAUUUAAAUAACAUAACAUUCUCAGAGCUUGGAAACGCUUUCUACUAUAAUUCUGGCCCUUCGCCAAAGAGGAUACACUUGUGUUACACUUCACCGUAAACAAACAUUAAGAUUUCUCUUAAAGUUUAGAACAAUAAAACCGUUUAGAGUCAUCAAAAUCAUGAACUUUUUUUAAAAAUUCCAUGUUUGUGCAGUGCAUAACUUUCGUUAAAAAUCUCUAAGCUAUAUCGGGUUACUAUUUCCUUUCCUCGCUUAAAAUAGCACCAAGUUCAAGGGAAGUCACUGGAUAAAUACAUCUUAGACGCUGCACCCAGAGCGGACAUGUUUAACUUUUUUCACGUGAUGCCCGAGGGCGAGGUCAUGGUGAUGACCGAGCUUGACCUUCUCCUGACCUUGAACCAAUACAAACAGAUGUAUACGACGGGGAAGCGGACAAAGAGGAAAGCCCUGAGGGAUAAGACAGCUCUUUGGGAGAACUGCGUGGUCUUCUACGAGAUCACUGACACGAUUCGACAGGCAGACGUCAGGAUCAUCGGAGAAGCGAUCGGCGAGUGGGAGAAGUACACGUGCUUGCGCUUUAUCAAGAGCGCCACCAGCCCACGCCGGAUACAGUUCAAGGACGGCAUGGCCUGCUACUCCAGGCUCGGCAUGCAGGCGACACCCCAGCCCAUCAUCCUGGGGUCCGCCUGCAUGAUCCCAGGCGUCGUCGUUCACGAGAUCGGACACGCCAUCGGUUGGAUCCACGAGCACAUGCGCCCGGACCGCGACGAGCAUAUCCGGGUCAAUUUCGAGAACAUCCAGAACUCGUCGUGGCAUCAGUUCAGGAAGUAUAACGAGAGCUCAAUCAACACGUUUGGCGUUCCCUACGACUACCUGAGCAUUAUGCACUACGGCAGUGAUUCCUAUCCGGGUUCCAUGACCACUUUAGAUCCUGAAUAUCAACAUCGAAUUGGUCAGCGGCACGGAUUCUCUUUCAAGGACAUCAAACUUGCCAACGUUAUGUACAGCUGUGCUGUAUUCAUGGGGUGUGUUCAGCGCGAGUGUCCCCGCGAUGGUUUUCUAUUUUAUAGGGAGUUCAAAGGUCGGCCACGAUGUCAGUGUUGGUGCGACUCCAGUGACGUGCACGACCCGCUCAUCCCGUGCGACACGGUUGAUGGAUCGCCGGUGACCCCAAGUCCCCGACCAGCUCUACCCCCGGAAAAACUAAUACCAUGCCAGGACAUACGGGAGGACUGCAGGUCGAUGAAAGCUGCCGGCCAGUGCAUGACCCACUUGGAGAUGAUGAUGGACAAGUGCGCUGCAACGUGCGAGUUUUGCGGCAAGGGGAAAGGUGUCUGCAUGGACUAUCAGGUGGGCUGCGCCACAAUGGCCGCGGGCGGGCUGUGUGAGGACAUAGUUUUCAAGUGGUUUAUGCAACUGAACUGUCGAGCGUCUUGUGGCCUCUGCCCGGGUGCUGUCGACCAAUGCUCUAUUCAUCAGGAACUUCUGGGAACGGGGCGACAAGGAUAACCACCUACACUGAUCAUUCUCGUCUUGUUGCCCUGACUUUUGUGUGCCGUCUAUUCCAAAUGUAAAAGAAAUGUUAAGAAAUAUUUGUAUUUGAUUGGAACAAGAAUAAACAAAUUUACGU